GGAGAGGGAGAACCAGAGGCUCGCCCAGAUUGUUUCCACCUGUAGCUGCAGCUCCAAGGAGGGCAAUGUACCAUCUUCUUUAUCUGAGAGCCGUGAUCAACAAGUACAGAAGAAUGCAAAAUCACAUGAAAGUAGAACCUCAGACCAUGGCAUAAGCCUUCCGUUCGAUCACAUGACGAUAUCUACUGAAAAUCAAGUAUUGUGCAAUGUUAAAGGGGAAGGGCAUGAUGAUUUAUCUAAAAUUCGAAGGAAGCAUUCUAAAAGAACAGGUGACCAAGUAGGGAAUGUAAGCCACUGCCAAAAGCGACUAAUUGCUCUGAAAAUCAUGUACUUCGGCCAGAGAUCCUAUGGCUUUGCUUCAGAAGCCCAUACAGAGCCGACGGUUGAGUCUGAGAUAUUCAAAGCACUUGAAAGAGCAAGAUUACUGGUUGGAAGUAGGAAAGAUUUAUGCUAUUCUAGGUGUGGAAGAACUGACAAAGGAGUUUCUGCUACUGGACAGGUAAUCUCCUUAUAUUUGCGAUCAAAUUUAAAAGAAGCAGGAGGGAAUGUGGGUGAAAGAUCUGAAAUCGAUUAUGUAAGUGUAUUGAAUAGAAAUCUUCCACGAGAUAUACGUGUAAUAGGUUGGUGUCCAGUUGCAGCAGACUUUCUCGCAAGAUUCUCCUGCUUGGGUAGGGAAUAUAAGUACUUGUUUUGGAAGGGGGGCUUGGAUGUGUCGAAAAUGCAGAAAGCUGCACUUAAAUUCAUUGGGGAACAUGACUUAAGGAAUUUCUGUAAGAUGGAUGCAGCAAACGUGAGCAACUACAAGCGAUGCAUUACAGAUUUUACUAUUUCUGCGUGUGACCAAAGGUCCAACCAUGAUGAGCUAUGGUCCAUGAAUAUCAGGGGUAGCGCCUUUCUGUGGCAUCAAGUUCGUUGCAUGGUAGCUGUUCUUUUUCUUGUAGGUCAAGGCCUUGAAUCACCUUGUGUAGUUGAUUCAUUGCUGGAUAUUACCAAGACACCUAGAAAACCUCAAUAUACAAUGGCACCAGAGCUUCCAUUGAUUCUGCGAUCUUGUCUAUUCGAUGGAGUCAGCUUCAUGUGUUCAUCAGAUGCCAGUCAGGCUUUGAUUGAACACUUGAAGGAUGAAUACCAUCAGUAUAUGUUCCAAGCCGCUAUAUUUGAUGAGGCUUUGACCUGUUUAUCUAUUCCAGAGCCUAAUCCACUUGAAUCCCCUAAGAAGAAGAGAAAACAUAUCCCUCUCCUGUCACGGGAAACAGAACCUUCUUACGAGGAACGCAGAGCAAGAGUCAAAGUUAAGUCAGCAACAUGUAGUUGAGUGGCUACCUUAAGUAGCACACUAAGAGUUUCGCCUUUGGAGAUCGGUGCGGCUGACUAGUUGAGUGUGAUAAUCAUCAAGCAUCAAGGGGCAAUCUUCUCAUCCCAACAUCUCUCCUUGAAGCUUUUGUUCUUACUGUGUGCAGUUCUGGGACGGGCUAAAGUGUUACGCGACGAUGGGGAAUUGACAAAAGAAGUUCAUUGUUCAGAUAUCCUUCAAGCUUUGCGUUAUUCACCACCCUUUGCUACCUACCAGCCUUCUGACAGGCCUUGAUAACUCUGCUCUGUCUUGUUGUUGCUAUUGCCAUGCGAUUAAGGUACAAGCUGCUUACUGGAUUGUAGAGUAGUUGCAUCUAAGCAACAGUUGUAUCGCUACAAGGCAGAAUUAUUUGAUUUCGCAAGCGGCAAUGCUUGCUUGGGCCGUGCUUGGAUUAGGUGUAAAAUAAUACAGAGGUGUUUUCUUUACACGUGUAAUUUACCGGCCAGUGAGCAAUUUCCGGCCGGAAACGAAACGACCGAGCGAGGCAUGUAUUUUUUACGGAGGUAUUUGAAACGAAAACGCUGAUCCAAACA